AUGGAGGAAGAAGAAGAAGAAGAAGAAGAACGAACGAGAGAGAAAGUGGGGAGAGAGAGAGAGAGAGAGCACCUGAAGGACUACGUCAGAGACCACCUGAUCCAUGGUCAUGCUCUUGAAAGGGACCAUCCCCGUCUGCAUCUCCCACAAGAGGAGCCCGAAGCUGUACACGUCCACCUUCCGGUCGUAGGGUUCCCGCUUGAUCAUCUCCGGCGCAUUCCACUUGCUCCUAUCCACCGGCUCGCUCCGUCCUUCUUCGCACGCUCCUCCGAACCCGUCGAUUAUCGUCAUGCAUGACGAUUCUUCGUCGACGACGAGGAUGUUCUCUGGGGUGAGAUUGCGGUGGACGAUCCCCUCUGCGUGGACGUGCGCCAUCCCCCGAGCUAUGUUCAGGGCGAUGGCGAUGAGCUUCCUCAGGUCGAGAGGCCGGUUCCACGACCGGCAGAGCAGGUCUCUCAGGGAGCCGCCGGCGUGGCAAUACUCGGUGGCGAUGUACCAGGAAUCCAGCAGGAUUUCCCCCGCCGCCACCAUCUUCACAGAGGAUCAACCAGAAUCCGUCAGGACAUUCAUCCAUGUAUAAACCUGCUAUUUUCAUCUGCAUAGAAUGAUGUUCAUGGUGUAUACCUUGAUCACGUUGGGAUGGUUCAGGCGAGUUAGGAAGUGGGUUUCCCUGAUGAACCGGAUCUUCAGGGUUACACGGAGAAGGCCGUCGGCCGGCAGCGUAAUGACCUUCACUGCGACGGGUCGGUCUCCGUAAAUGCCGCGGUAGAGGACGCCGAAAUCGUCGCAGCCGCCAAGAGAGCCGCCGGAAACCCUAGACCCCACGUACAGCCUGGGGGGUCCCCUUGUUUCUUCUCUUUCUUCCAAGCUCUCUACUGAAUGAACCCUCCUCUUCCUCAUCAAGUAA